GCAGAUAGCCGAAUGACGGCUUCACUGCGGCCGGCCAGUUCUACGGACACAGCUGAUCACGUGAUGUGGUAAAAGGCCAAUCACAGUGGCCUUUUACCACGUGAUCAGCGGUGUCCAAUGACACGCUGAUCAGAGGGAAAUGCAAGUGCCGGGCACUGAUGAUCAGUGCCCUGAUGAUCGGUGCCCAGCAGUGCCGCCCGCAAGUUCCGCCCACCUGUGCCCAGCAGUGCGCCCACUAGCUCCGCCCACCUGUGCCCAGCAGAUCACCCACCUGUGCCCAGCAGUACACCCACCUGUGCCCAGCAGUGCACCCACCUGUGCCACUCUGCAGUGUCACACACCUGUGCCCAGAAGUGCCACCUACAUGUGCCCAGCAGUGCCACCCACAUGUGCCCACCCACCUGUGCCCACCAGUGCCACCCACCAGUGCUGCCCACCAGUGCCACCCACCAGUGCAGCCCAGCAGUGCUGCCAGUCAGUGCCACCAGUCAGUGCCCAGGGGUUGUGCCAGUCAGUGCCGCCAGUCAGUGCCCAGCAG